AUGAUGCGUAAUAUCUUUGCAGUGUCAUGUAGCUACAGAGUGAAAUUAAAAAAGUGUAGGCAGCCUUUGUCCAUAAACCAAAAAAAUGUCGCAGACAAAUUCAGGAGAUGACAGUUUCGAUUUCUUGUUUAAAAUAGUUUUGAUCGGUGAUUGUGGUACGGGAAAGACAUGUGUAGUUCAGAGAUUCAAAUCUGGAACUUUUAUAGAAAGACAUGGAAGUACUAUAGGUGUAGAUUUUUCAAUGAAAACUGUGAUUGUGGACGGAAAAAAAGUGAAGCUCCAGAUCUGGGACACAGCAGGUCAGGAAAGAUUUAGGACAAUAACACAGAGUUAUUAUCGCUCAGCAAAUGGUGUUAUAAUUGUUUAUGAUAUAACCAAGCGAUCAUCAUUUCUUAGCCUGCAAAGGUGGAUAGAAGAAGUUCGAAGAUACACGGCUUCAAAUGUGAUGUUGGUACUGGUUGGAAACAAGUGUGAUAUGGAAAGCUUGAGGGAGGUAGAAUUUGCUGAAGCAGAGGCCAUGUGUGAAUAUAUUCCUGAAAUACUCUUUGUCUUGGAGGCAUCUGCAAAAGAUAAUACAAAUAUUGAUGAUGCAUUUAUGUGUCUCGCUACAGAACUGAAGCGAAGACAUGAUGCAAACACGUAUACUGAAAGUGUGGAGAGAGAAACAAUUAGAUUAGGAGAAGGAAAAACAGUAUCUCGCUGCAGCAGUUGCAGCUACAGAAUUUGAUCCUGCUUUACAGUGUGUUCGCCUCAUCAUUAAUAUUGUUCCAAAAAUUAAUUCAGUUUAUGUACACUCACUGUCUCACAUAAGUUUAAUUUUGUAAGACAUUAAAAGGCUCAUUAUUGACAAAA